GAGGGACGAAACUGCUGCUUAACUAGUGUCGCCUUAGCGUGGUUCAUUUUAACACAGAGAAUCUGCAAUAUCCUCCUCUGUGUGAGUGUUUUUAAUCUAAGUGAAACUUUUUUCUGUUCUCUCACACCUUCCCGUGAGCUGUUAGCGCCGAUCGUUGGAUUCGCCUGCAACGCUAACAAAGUAGCAGCGUUAGAAGGCGAGAUGUACUGUUUUUUACAGUCCUUUAAAACUAUUUUCACAUAACAUGUUGAUAAGAUAACAUUAGCCGAGCCAUGGAAAGGGUGUCUUGCUGUUAGACGGUGUUGGCUGUGUCUGGGUUGGCCGAUUCCGUGGUCAGCAUGAGUGGCUCACCCCUGGACCAAGAGAACGGGGUCCUCUCGGACCUGGGAAAAGAAGAGGACUCAGAAAUAUGCCAGGGCAGCAACGAAGUAAAGAGUCGCGCCGUGGUCAAGUACUCAGCUGCCCCGCCUCCUACCACCUAUGCACUGUUGCAGGAGAAGACUGACUUGAAGUUGCCCCCUGCCAACUGGUUGAGAGAGAAUCCCCAGCUUGGGAGUGCUGGUACAACUAUACUUGGGUCAAGCAGCAAGAGCAAACCUUUCUCCAGUUUCGGGAUGGCGUAUGACUUCAUCGACUCCAUAGGGGAUGAUGUUGACGUCGUGUCGGACUCAGAGAACAUCAAGAAGCUUUUGAAAAUCCCGUACAGCAAGUCACAUGUCAGCAUGGCUGUUCAUCGCGUCGGGAGGACCCUGCUUUUGGAUGAGCUGGACAUUCAGGAGCUCUUCAUGAGGUCCUCUCAGACGGGUGACUGGACAUGGCUGAAAGAGUUCUACCAGCGGCUAGUAGAUCAGAAGUGGCAAAGAAAAAAGAAGAGUAAAGAACACUGGUAUCAGAAAGCAAUCCUGUCAAAGUUCCUCUACUACAGUAUAAAUGGCGAUGGGGCUGCCGAACCUGUUCAUGAUAACCUGAAUGAGGUGGACGAGGAGAGCGGGGCUGAAGAAUUCAGUUCCUCCUGGCCAGCUACCUUCACCAGCACACCCUCUGACUCGGAGGAAUGUGCUGCUCCCAAAGAGGAAACUGUUUCCAUUGACAGCAACUUUGCACUGGGCCAGGUGACGUCCGUUCCUAAAGAGCAAAAUCUCCCCAUGCUCUUUAAUGAGGGCGAAAACAGUCAGGGCUUGAGGAACGACUUUGUGCGAAACAUCAUGUGGACAUUUGAGGACAUACACAUGUUGGUUGGGUCCAACAUGCCGAUUUUUGGAGGCGGCCGCUACCCUGCUGUCAGUCUGCGACUCAGGGACAACAAUAAGCCAAUCAAUAUUCUGACGGGAAUCGACUACUGGCUGGACAAUCUGAUGUGCAAUGUUCCAGAGCUUGUCAUGUGCUUUCAUGUCAAUGGCAUUGUUCAGAAAUAUGAGAUGAUUAAAACGGAGGACAUCCCAGAUUUAGAGAACUCAACCUUCUCCACUAGGGUGGUGAAAGACAUAGCUCAGAACAUCCUGUCCUUCCUCAAAUCCAACUGCACCAAAGAGGGACACACCUACUGGCUCUUCAAAGCCAGUGGGAGCGACAUUGUCAAACUCUAUGACCUCACCACUCUGUGUGAGGAGGCUGAAGAGGAGAAAUGUCAGAAUCCUUUUACCCUCCCUGUGGCUGUGCUGCUCUACAAAGUUGCCAGCAACAUGAUGCUGAAGGCCAGGCAGAACAGAAAGCACAAUGGGACAAUAAGAACUCUGCUUUUAAACUGUGUCAAACUGCUGGAUCAGGAGAGGCACCCACAGAUCAUCGCCUCAGCACAUUACAUGCUCUCAGAGCUGUUCCAGCUGGACGAGCCUCCCGAAGAGGACGGAGGGGAGUCGCUUCGGGCCGGUGGCUCUGAGGACAGCUAUAGUGAUGAGGAGGGGGAAGAAGAGGAGCUGCCUGAGGACAGUGAUGAGAACAGCAUCUGCUCCAACCCAGCGGAUGACAACAAAGCUGUGGCUGUGAUCCGCUCCGUCGGAGAGUUGUCUGUCCCGGAGAAGUACAAGUCCACUCACCAAAUCAGACCAAGCUAUGCUUUCCCUGUGUCUCAAGACAAGGAGGAGAGAUGCAGACACGUUCUGAGUUGCGUAUUAAAGGGGUUGAAAGCAGUGGAUGGCAGCAUCAAGAAAGAGAGUGAUCUUCCUGCAGCAGACCCUAACACACCCAUCCCUCUUAAAUAUGAGGAUGGGAGUGCGACCAGAAGCUGUGCUGCAGAGAAAGGCAUUGCCCUCCUUCUUGAGAGAGUGGGUCCCUUCCAGGAGGACCAAAAGCACCCGACCCGCUCAGGGAUGAUCCCUGGUUCCUGGCAGCACCGGAUGAAACUGCAGCUCUUCCUCAAGGCCUCCAAGGCAUACUAUGUCCUGUCUGACGCAGCCACCAACUUGCUCAAGUACGGAAGAGCCUUGCGCUACGUGAAGCUGGCUCUGCAGUGUCAUGAUGCCUACUGCUCAGUGAGCAGCAUGUUGCACCCUCAGGUGCUGCUGUUCCACAGCCAGUGCCUGUCUCUGUGUGGUGACAUUCAGUUGAUGCUGGCCCAGAAUGCCAGCAACAGAGCGGCCUACCUGGAAGAAUACAGCUACCAGACCAAAGAGGACCAGGAAAUCCUGCAUAGCCUGCACAGAGAGAGCAGCUGUCAGGCCUUCAACAUGGCCACAGACCUGGCCACGGACCCAGAGUAUCAGCUUUUUGUCAGUAGCAAAUGCUAUGAGGCAGCCUAUGAGCUGCUUACCUCUGGUGCUGUGAAAGCACAUGGACCGGAGCAGCUGGCUCAAGUGCUCAAACGGCUGGGCAACAUCCGCAAUGAGAUAGGAGUCUACUACAUGAACCAGGCCGCAGCCAUGCAGACUGAGAAGGAAGGAAAGAAGCCUGUGUCAGUAGCAGAGCAGGAGCUGUGGAAAAAAAGCUUUGCCUGCUUUGAGAAGGGCAUGAAGGACUUUGAGGCCAUUGGGGACAGCACCAACACGGCUCUGCUGCUGUGUAACACUGGCAGGCUGAUGAGAAUCUGUGCCCAGGCCCACUGUGCCCAGUCUACUGACCAAAACAGAGGGGAGUUCUCUCCUGAAGAAGCCCUCUACUACAAUAAGGCCAUAGACUACUACCUGCGGGCUAUGCAAUCUCUGUCCAGCAGGGGGAACCACCCAGCGGUGUGGGACAGUGUGAAUUGGGAGCUGUCCACCACAUAUUUCACCCUGGCUACUCUACUGCAGGACUACGCCCCGCUGUCCAGGAAGGCCCAGGAGCAGAUUGAGCGUGAAGUGACUGAGGCCAUGAUGAAGUCCCUGAUGUACUGUGACUUGCAGACGGAGUCGGCUCGCCAGCCACUCUAUCAGUACAGAGCUGCCACCAUUCACCACCGCCUGGCUUCCAUGUACCACAGCUGCUUCCGCAACCAGGUGGGUGAUGAGCACUUGAGGAAGCAGCAUCGCAGCCUUGCAGAGCUGCACUACAGCAAGGCUGUGCGUUUAUUCCUUAGCCUGAAAGACGCACCCUGCGAGCUGCUUCGCACGCUUCUUGAGAGGGUGGCCUUUGCCGAGUUUACAAUGGCAGGUCAAAGCAGCAGCGGGGCCAAACUUAAGACCCUGACUGGAGCCUUGGAGAUCAUGGCAGAGACCCGCUAUGCUUUCCUUAUCAUCUAUAAAGAACUGAUGGAGGAACAGGCAGAGUUGAGCACAUCAGACCCCGCCAAACUAGCAGAGUCUCCUGAUGGGGCUGAUGGUACAUCCUCCUCAGGAAUGAACCUUGAGGAAGUUAUGAAGUUGAUGGGUGUGUUUGAGCCAAGUUUCUCCUUCCUUUUGCUGCAGCUGAUCAAACUGAUGACGGCCAUGAAGCGUAAACAAAGCAGUAAGGGGGAGGAGCAGCUGAAGACCUACAAAAAUGUGUAUUCCAAGAUGCUGCGUGCUGACAAGAAUGCACCGCUCCUUAGCCGCAUGGAGCUUUACAUUGACCUCCUGCAGCAGUUGACCCCACAAACAGGAAGCAGGGACACAGAGGCUUGUUCAUGAUGAGCGAAACUUUAAACACCCUCAGGAAUUUGAUUUGGACUCAACAAAAAGGGGUUACUUGCACGUUGUUUUACAGACAACAGUGUGUCACAAGUUUUUUGGUCCCAUGAGUCAAGUUGCAAUCUAAUAACCCUCCUAUUAGAAAACCAGAGUUCAUCACAAGGAGUAUGUGCAAGCUAGCUCACACAAUAUUAUUUCACCACUUGUGCCUUUGGGGGGGAAAAACAGUGAAGCUGACAUUAGCCAUGCUUGCAUCGUAUUCUUUGAAAUGUAAAUUUUUGUAAACUGUUGUAAAUCCUGAACAAAUUAAGUUAGCUUAUUUUGGGUCAAAGUCACAGGAGCCAAAUCAUCUAGUUUGGAUUUACUCGGAAGGUGGACUAAUUUCAAGAAUUUUUGUGUUUUGAUAUUCAAAAAUGCCAAUUUAUACUGUGAAGAGAAAAGAUGUAGUGUGAGUGAUGACUGAACGGCGCUUGGCUAAAAAAAGUGUUAGCUGUUUUUUGUUUGUUUUUUUUCUCCAAAUACCAAUGUGCAAUAGGCAAAAUUCAAUGCAAAACCUCAGAUUGUAAAUUUUUUAAUAUUUGCUGUGACAUAAUAAAAGGUUUUUGAAUUGUAUGUAGAAUGGCUAUUUCUACAAUUUAUGCCUCAGCAAUUAUGCUUCUCAUUUACAGCCACUAAGACCUAUGAUUAUGGAAGUUUAGUUUGAUGGUGUACUUUUGUUGAUGACAAACCUUCCAACAUGCUUUUUUCAGACCUGCAAUCAUUUUGCUGGCUUUUUUUUCUUCUCUUGAAUUAUUGAUAACAAAGCUUGAAUUUCAACAGAGACCAAGACCUGUCGGCCAUAUCCAGUUGACUUGAUGGUGAAGUAGUAUGUUACAAUGUCACCAAUUAAACAUUCAUACAUAAUUUCAGACAAGCAUACAUUUUGUUUGAACUAAAAUAACCUUCGGACAAAGGUAUAAAUCGAAUGGAGGGUGAUAAUAUGGUCCAUUUAUCCUACAGAGCAUCUCUAAAAUUUUCACUUGUGUGCAGCUACUAUUUGCGCUACAGCUACUGAAGGUCAUUUAAUGUGUAAAGGGGA